CCGUCAUGCAAUGCGAGCAAGAAGACCGUCUCUAACCGGCCAUUUUAGGCGGAUCCGAUCGGUUCCUGCAGCCUCGCAGCAUCCGAACGUAAUCCAACGUUCAGGGGGCCCAUCAUGCCCGGGAACUUACAGGAAGGCUUCGGCUGUGUCGUGACCAAUCGGUUCGACCAACUAUUUGAUGAUGAAUCCGACCCUUUCGAGAUUUUGAAGGAGGCCGAGAUCAAGAAAGACAAGAAGGAGAAAGACAACAAGACGGCAGUCUCCAAGCAGCAGCCCAAGAAGGAGUCUCAGAAAGAUAGGAAGGUGCCCGUUACAUCCAGCGACAGUAAACCAGAGUCUCAGGCGCCUGUGACCUUGAGGAAAGAAGGGGUCAGGAGAAUUGGUAGGAAGCCUGAGCAGCAGCAUUCUCAAGGUGAAGGAAAACCUGGUGAGAGGAGACCAGAUAGAAGACCACAACCCCGCGACCGACGUUUUGAUAGACCUGUGGAAGAAAAAGCUGAUGGAGGCGAAUUUUCAUCUGAGAAUCGGCCCCUAGAUCGUGACAGACCACUGCGUGGACGUGGAGGAGGAAGAGGGCGUGGACGAGGUCGUGGUUUGGGAAGGAGUGAUGGUUUUGACUCGCGUGGAAAACGUGAAUUUGACAGACACAGUGGAAGUGACCGAUCUUUCUCUUCCAGUAGCCUGAAACCAGAGGACAAACGGGGUGGCAGUGGAUCACAUAACUGGGGAACUGUGAAGGAUGAACUUGGUGAACUUGAUCAAUCUGCUGUUAGUGAAGAAGUACCUGAGGGAGAUGAGCAGCAGGUAGCUGAUUCUGAGAACAAGGAAAAUGAAGUAGAAGAAGUUAAAGAAGAAGGCCCAAAGGAAAUGACUCUCGAUGAGUGGAAAGCCAUGCAAGAUAAAGAACGGGCAAAAGCUGAGUUUAACAUUCGCAAACCUAAUGAGGGCUGUGAUAGUAGUCAGUGGAAAAAAGGAUUCGUUUUACGCAAGCCUAAAACUGAGGAGAAGCGUUUUGAGAAUGAAGAUGUCCAUACUUUGGAAUAUACGGUUUCUGAUGAAUCUGCUCUGGACCAUCACUUCCGCAAACCAGCAAAUGAUAUAACCUCUCAGCUGGAGAUCAAUUUUGGUGAUUUGGGCCGCCCUGGUCGUGGUGGCCGAGGCCGAGGUGGCCGUGGCCGUGGUGGUGCUGGCAGGAGCAUCCGUGGAAUGAGACCAGAUAAGUCUAGCAUCUCUGUUCCAAAUGUCGAUGACCCAGAAGCUUUCCCAGCUCUGGCCUAAAUGGAAGUCGUCAGCCUGGCCUGAAGUCCUCGGGAGGGCCCCCACUCUGUGAGGCUUGCAUGCUAAAGGAACCCUUCUCAACCAUAUUAACAGGAAAAAGAGAAAAAAAGACUGUCAUCCAUACCAUUCACACCUAUGAACUGUUCACAAGGAGUUGUUGAAAUGGACUUCUCUUGCUACACAGAAGCAACAAAUACUGAUAGCUGAUUUUAUAUCCACAAAAAUGGUAGCAGAGGGAAAAUCUGUUUUCAUAAUAAAUUUUCAGAAAUUA